AUGGCGUUCCCUGGGCAGCAGACCCAUUCUCAGAUGAAUAUGCAGAGGCCGCAGUACAACGACUCUAUCCUGACGAUCACGGAAAAGAGCUGUGCUGAUCCGUACGUGCUCUGGGAUAAGGGCACGUACUAUAUGACAUGGACUACCGGUUGCUCAGUCGAGAUCUGGUCGGCAGACAGUCUGUUUGACUUUGAGAAGAGGUGCAAGAAAGAUAUCAUAUGGUGGGCGCCAAAAGAUCAACCGUACUCGGGCGAUGUAUGGGCGCCAGAACUUCACGCCAUCCACGGCCGUUGGUAUGUCUACUUCGCGGCCGACGAUCCAAAGCACGGCAAUAAGUCGCACCGCAUGUUCAUUCUUGAGGGGCCACCCGCAGACCAGUCACCUCUAGUCCCGGAUGAUUGGAAAUUCUUUGGACGUGUCGGUGGACUUCCAGAUGAUCAGUGGGCUAUCGACGGCACAGUCAUCACCCUUGGUGGCAACAUGUUUUUCGCGUACUCAGGCUGGCCUCCAGGCGUCCACGAGAAUGAGUCGCGGCAAGAAAUCUACAUCAUCCAGAUGACAUCUCCUACGCAAUGCACCGGUCACCCCAUCCGCAUUAGCACACCGGAUCUGCCGUUCGAGUUCUCAGGCUCCAGCGGCAUUAACGAAGGGCCGCAGUUCUUGUCUUCGCCCGAUGGACGAUGGAUGGGCCUUGUUUACUCUUGCGCGGGUUCCUGGACGCACGAGUACAAGAUGAACGUUCUCUACUGGACGGGAGGCCACCCUCUGGACCCCCGCUCAUGGGCCAAAUCCAACAACCCGCUGCUCCAAGCCAGUCGCGACGACAGCCCACCCUACGGCCCGGGCCACGGCAACUUUGUGCUCGUCAACGGCCCCGGCGGUGCAGAAGUCUGGGGCGUCUUCCACGCCACCGACGCCAAAACCGGCUGGGAAGGCCGCAAGGCACGCGUCAUGCGCGUCGGCUGGGGCCAGGGCGGUCCCUUCAUGGGCAGCGGAGAGUGCGGACGCUGCUGCGCCGACGUGAACCACUUCGUCCAAGGCUGCCCCGGGGGCCAAUGCGGAGGAAAAGGCCACGCUGGCGGGGCCGGCGGCGGCGGAGGAGGGCAGUAUAUCCAGGGCGGCGCGCAUGGCGAGCACGGCAACGCGAGUGGUAGCGCGAACCUCAAGAGCGAGAUGAAGAACCUGGUCAAGGAGGGUAGGGGCUUGAUCAACAAGUUCCUCAAGUAG